GAUUAAUUUCUAACAAAAUUAGAGUAGAGAAAUCUCGCUCACUAGUCACUACUAGUCCACUACGGAGUACAUUCCAAAUCGUCUAUUAGCUAGCCCCCAUGUUACUUUCAAGAGCCAAACCGCUCAGGCCUCAGCAAUUCCCCAAAGCUUCCGUUCACUUCUCUUCAUCAAUUCCCUUUCCCGCUAUUCCCCUUCAAGAUAAAGUAGCGACCUCCAUUCCCCAUCCAACCGUGAAAUCACUCUCUCAUCUUCUAAAACAGCGCCCACCCAUAUCUCAGAUCAAGCAAAUUCAUGCUCGAGUUGUAUCAUUGUCACUCUCUUCCCACUCUUCAUUGGCAGACUCUCUAAUCCACUGCUAUCAAUUCGCCAAAGAUCUUCCAUCUUCUAAAGCCCUGUUCAACAAUUACCCUUUGCCCUCACCGCCAGUCUUGAUAUGGAAUCUCAUGAUCCGAGCCUACUCCAAGCUCCAAAAUUCUCCCGAACCCAUGAUUUUAUUCCGCAAAAUGGCAGCUUUAGACCACCCUUUCCGGGUUGUUCCAGAUGACUACACGUUCACUUUCCUCAUCGCAUCAUGUUCCCGCCUAGCGUGGUUGGUGCAUGGUGCAACUGUCCAUGGGCUGGUGAUGAAAAAUGGGUAUGCAUCGAAUUUGUAUGUAGCCAAUUCGUUGGUUAACAUGUAUGGAAUUUUCAACAGAACAGAUGAUGCUUGCAUGGUUUUUGAUGAAAUGCCCGAGAGAGAUGUGUUCUCAUGGACCAGUUUACUGGGUGCCUUUGCCAAAAAUGGAAAGAUGUGGCAUGCAGGUCAAGUGUUUGGCAAAAUGCCAGUGCGAAAUGAUGUUUCUUGGGUUGUUAUGCUUUCUGGUUUUGUUGGUAGUGGAAGGUACAUGGAAUGUCUAAGGUAUUUUCGUGAUAUGUUGUCUGGGUGUGAGCUUAAGGUAAAGCCUAAUGAGGCAGCUCUUGUUUGUGCCAUCUCUUCUUGUGCUCAUAUGGGGGCAUUGGAACAGGGUAAGUGGAUUCACACUUACAUUGAUAAAAGUGGGAUUCCAUGUACCGCGAAUGUGUUAAGUGCUCUUAUUGAUAUGUAUGCAAAAUGUGGUAGGAUAGUUUGUGCAGAAUUAGUAUUUAACAAAAUAACAAGGCCGAAUGUUCACAAUUUUACGACUCUGAUAUGUGGGCUAUCUAUUCAUGGUCUCGGUAAAGAUGCCAUCAAUUUGUUUUACGGGAUGUUAGAUGCAAAUAUCAGUCCAAAUGAGGUGACCAUUUUAGGAGUCUUAAAUGGUUGCAGCCAUUCUGGCCUUGUUGAAGAGGGUUCAUAUGUCUUCUAUAAUAUGGAGACUUUAUGGGGGAUUGAGCCCAAGAUUGAGCACUAUGGCUGUUUUGUUGAUUUACUUGGCCGUGCUGGCUACUUGGAGAAGGCUUUUGAAGUAAUCCGAAGCAUGCCAAUUGAGCCUGAUAUCGUUUUAUGGAGGGCUUUGCUCAGUGCAUGCAGGAUCCAUCGUAAUUCUGAUUUUGGAGAGAGCAUUAUAGACUAUAUUAAGGGCCUUGCGCCAUCUGCAUCUAGUGUAGGUGAAGUGCUUCUUUCAAACUUGUAUGCUUCUCUAGGUAAAUGGGAGAGAGUUGCUCAACUGAGGGAGACAAUGACUGAGAGGAAAAGUCGGUCUGAUAUUGGAUGUAGCUGGAUUGAGGUUAAUGGCAUUGUUCAUGAAUUUCGUGUUGCAGAAAUGUUGCAUCCACAGAUUUUAGAUAUUCUUGAAAAAUUAAAAGAAGUAUUGCAAAAGGCUCACGAAGUAGGCUAUGUUGCUAGUACCAUGCACAUUUCAUUUGAUAUUAUUGAAGAGGAGAAGGAGCAUGCCAUCGCCUGGCACAGUGAGAAGCUAGCUGUUGCAUUUGGACUGAUGAGUACUAUUCCUGGGACUGCUAUCCGAAUUGUCAAAAAUUUAAGAACAUGCGAGGAUUGUCAUUCUGCUUUGAAGGCCAUUUCAAAAGUUUAUGAAAGAGAGAUUAUUGUGAGAGACUGCUCACGCUUCCACACUUUCCAAGGAGGAAGUUGCUUAUGCAAUGACUAUUGGUAGCUUUUACAUUUCAGUGCGGAAAGUAUUUGAUUUGAGCAGAGAACGAGGAAGAUCAUUGCUAUCAACAAGAUACUAGGAUGCGGUAUGUUGCGCUGAAAGGCUAGCUAGUUGGUUUUGUGACAUUUGUCCCCAAUCGCCACAUGUUCUCUGUUGACUUCACUCCUUGCAUAAUUGGAGAUGUGUCACCGGCAAUUAUGCAAACCAAACCUCAGCUGGCCGAAGGGACCCUCAUGAACGGUGCGUCAAUCUCAGGUAUCUGUUUUCAGUUAUUCAGCUUGAUAUUUACAGUGUGAGGUGUGUAGGCUCUAAAGGGUGCUUGGUAAUAUUAUAAUAUAAACGAGGAAGUGAUGUUAUAAUGAGGGAUGCAAUUUGAAAUGAAAUAAAAGGAGGGAGAUAUUGCGUCCCACUUGAAGUAAUGAGAAAUAUGGUGGAGGAUUAUUGUUGCUAACUACGAUCUAAUGGAGGCACCAUCGCAAGAGCAGCUGGCCGCCACGACGCCUAGGCUUCCAUGGC